UGCUUGUUGGUCCUUCUCGCUCAAACCCGAAACCAUCAGUACACACAAAAAUGGUCGUCACCAAGCAAGUCUCUUCCCAAUUGGAGUGGUUGUCCACCCUCUCGACCACUUUCGACGCCAUGGACGAGAACGAGAAGUUUUUGCGAAAGACCUCCAUCAUCGCUACCAUCGGUCCCAAGACCAACACCGUCGAAGCCCUCAAGGCUCUUGCCGAGGCCGGUAUGAACAUUGUCCGAAUGAACUUUUCGCACGGAUCUUACGAGUACCACCAGAGCGUUAUUGACAACACUAGGGAGGCCGUCGCUUCCGGCACCGGCAGGCCCUUGGCCAUCGCCCUUGACACCAAGGGACCCGAGAUCAGGACCGGAAUGAUGAAGGACGGUGUCGACAUCAAGGUCGACGCUGGUCACGAGAUGUACGUCACCACCGACACUCAGUACGCCGAGAACUGUGACGACAAGUACAUGUUCGUCGAUUACGCCAACUUGGUCAAGGUCACCUCGCCCGGAAAGCUCAUCUACGUUGACGACGGUAUCCUCACCCUCAAGGUCAUCGCCAUCGAGGGUGCCCACGUCAAGGUCAAAGUCAUGAACAACGGAACCCUCUCUUCGCGCAAGGGUGUCAACCUCCCCAAGACCCCCGUCGACCUUCCCGCUCUUUCCGAGAAGGACAAGAAGGAUCUUCAGUUCGGUGUCAAGAACAACGUCGACAUGAUCUUUGCCUCGUUCAUCCGACGAGCCGAGGAUGUUAUCGACAUCAGGAAGGUCCUCGGACCCGACGGUGCUAAGAUCAAGAUCAUCGUCAAGAUCGAGAACGAGCAGGGUGUCGUUAACUUUGACGAGAUCUUGAAGGAGGCCGAUGGUGUCAUGGUCGCCCGUGGUGACUUGGGUAUCGAGAUUCCCGCCAGUCAGGUCUUUAUGGCUCAGAAGAUGAUGAUUGCGAAGUGCUCGUUGGCCGGAAAGCCCUCGAUCUGUGCCACCCAGAUGUUGGAGUCGAUGACUUACAACCCUCGACCUACCCGAGCCGAAGUUUCGGACGUCGCCAACGCCGUUCUCGACGGUGCCGACUGUGUCAUGCUUUCCGGAGAGACCGCCAAGGGUUCUUACCCCUUGGAGGCUGUCCGCAUGAUGGCCGAGACCGCUUACCUCGCCGAGUCUGCGAUCUGCUACCCUCCCCUCUUCGACCAGCUCAGGCAGUUGACUCCUCGACCUACCGACACCGCCGAGACCUUGGCCUUGGCCGCCGUUUCUGCUUCCAUCGAGCAGGAUGCCGGUGCCAUCAUCGUCCUGUCCACCAGCGGAGCCACUGCCCGACUCUGCUCCAAGUACCGACCUUCGUGCCCCAUCAUCUGUGUCACCCGAGACGAUGUUACCGCUCGUCAGCAGCACCUUCACCGAGGUGUCUACCCCGUUCACUACCCCGAGCCCCGUGGUAUCCCCACCGCCCAGUGGCAGAUUGACGUUGACAACAGGAUCAGGUUCGGUCUCAAGACCGCCCUCGCCUUGAACAUUGUCAAGCCCAACCAGACCGUUAUCGCCGUCCAGGGUUGGAAGGGAGGUUUGGGUCACACUAACACCCUCCGAAUCCUCUCCGUUCCCGACUCGGAGGCCGACCUCUCGCUCCACCCCAUCUCCCGAGACGCUUAAGUCGCUCAAAAAGGCAAGCCGAGGGGGCUUUGACCUGUGUUCCGCUACCAUAGAUUUCGUUUUGUUCAGUGUGCUAUCCGUUUCGAUUCAAGGUGUUACUGCCCGUAUAAGAUCAUGACCCGUGUACACACCACGUUCUCUCUGGUUCUGCCGUGGGGUCUAG